GGGGAAGAGAGAGCACGGGGGGAGAAGAGAGAGAGCCACUGCACCAGUCUGUUCAUCUUAACACACUGAUGAGGUUCCCCUUGAGAUACCACUAGAUAUUAUAUCAUCCGGUCUAGAGAUGUCCAAGCGAAAAUCCUUGGCACGAUUAGCACUUGAAAGGUCCCAGUGCAGCCAAGAUGCCGCAGAAGAGCCCCUGCACCGCUCGUCGUCAAACGCCCGGCCGCUGAGCCAGCUGACUGUGGUCGAGGGUGUGCGGGGAGACAGCGGCGCUGAACGGGCCGCCGAUCGGCAGCCGCUGCCAUCCUCCGGCGCCAGCAAUGGAGCGGCGCCGCAGCCGCACAUCGCAGUCAUCCGGCGGCGGCCGGCCAGGAGCAGUGGGGAACAACGCAUACAGCCGGGUCCCGCAGCUACGGCGGCCACCCACAACAGCCGGCACUCCUACCCGUCCGCAGCGGGCCAGCACAGUCACAGCCGAGUGGGGCCUCCUGCCGGCGACAGUCGACCUCAGAGGCCGGCCAGGGAGCGUCUGCAGCGGUCGGCGGCGGAGCGGAGUCCGCUGGUGGACGUCGGCAGUCCGCCGGCGCUGUCGCUCAGUCCGCCCGUGGACUUGGACGGGCCCGCCGCGCCGUGCGCCGAGAACGGCCGGCCGUGCGUCUCGCCGUCGGCGAGCAGCGGCUCGUCGGCCGGCAGCGGCGACGGCAGCCAGUCGGGUCUGCUCACUGCACGCGCCAUGCACCAUGCACACUCGACCAACGACCUGCAGGGCCGACCGGCGGACGGCAGUCCCGGCCCGGCCUGGUGCGAGCCCAUGAACGCCGGACACAGAGCCAGGUCGUUCCCGACCGGGCUGGCGGGCAGUGUGGAGACGCUGAGCAGCUGCUCGGAGCCGUCUGCCGGCAGUCCGCUCAGCGGCAUCACCGUUCAAAAGGCCCGCAGCAGGGGCUAUCUGGUGAACCAGACGGGCAGCGCGCUGCUGCUCUCUGCCGAGGAGCUGGACGCCAGCCUGCCACAGAGACAGCUGCACGUGCUGGUCGGCACGUGGAACAUGAACGCCAAGGAGCCGCCGGCCUCUCUGGACGACCUGGUGCUGCCCGACUCGCUGGCGUUCGUGCCCGACCUGGUGGCACUGGGCACGCAGGAGUCGCACGCCGACCACCGCGGCCUGCUGGUGCGGCUGCAGUCCACCCUCGGCCCCAGCCACGUGCUCUUCCACUCGGCAUCGCUGGGCACGCUGCACAUCUGCGUGUUCAUCCGGCGCGACCUCGUCUGGUACUGCUCAGUUCCAGAAGAGGCGAGCUACAGCAUACGGCAGCCUACGGCCAUCAAGACAAAAGGAUGCGUCGCCGUCGGGUUCCAGUUUUUCGGGACCACCUUCCUACUGCUCACCUGCCACCUGACUGCCCACCUGGAGAAGCAGAACCAGCGGAUAGACGACGUGCGCCGCAUCUGCGCGGCGCUCGACCUGCCCCAGGCCAUCCCCAGCCGCAGCAGCAGCAGAGACGUGACGGAGCGGUACGACAACGUAUUCUGGUUUGGCGACCUCAACUUCCGACUGCACCAGAGCCGACCGCGCGUCAUCGACACCAUCGUCGAGAGCUCCAGUACGAUCCUGCUCCGCGAGCGAACCAUGUCCGAGGCGUGUAUGCGCAGUCUGCUCGAGUGGGACCAGCUCAACCACGCCAAACACAAAGGUCGGGCUUUCGAGGGCUUUAACGAAGGCGUUAUCUCGUUCUUGCCCACCUACAAGUACGACCCGGGAACGAACACGUUCGACACGUCUCACAAACAGCGGAUCCCGGCCUAUACGGACCGGAUCCUCUUCAAAAGCCGGCGCGACGGCGUGCGAUGCAUCAAGUACGAUUCUGUUCAGCCGUUCAGUACGUCGGAUCACAAGCCUGUGUGGGGGCUGUACCAGUGUCGGAUACGGCCUAGUCUCGACAGCAUACCGCUGGCGGCCGGCCAGUUUAACCGGGCCGUGUUCUUGGAGGGACUGCGGCGCCGGGCGCGCCACCUGCCGGCCAGACGGGUCUCUGACGGACGGCCGUGCAGCGUCCAGUAGCAGAGAACGCUGCCCAGUAGCGGCGACACACCUGCCAUCUGCCGACCGAACGGAGCGGCGAGCAACCGCACAACGCCCGACCUCCAGCUAAGUGACUUUGAAUAGGUGGUUAUUUGUAUUGACGCGUCAAGGGAGGUGCUAGGAUCGCGCGAGUUAGUGCAAGACCGCGGUUUCUUUGCGAUCUUGCUGGUCGGUGAAUGAUGAUCUAGUCAUGUCUAGUCAUUUUAUAUGUGUGUAACUGCAUUGUUGAGCCUUUUCAGCUAAAGUCAGUACAAAUCCGUCACGCAUGCUAGUCAUCCCAGAUUCCUAGUCAGAAUGGGAGCUGAGUUAAACUCGGCUAGACAUUUGUCUAUGUUCGUGACUCGUUAGUCUCAAUAGUACUAUGGGAAUCUCAAUGCCUCUGUGGGCUCCGUUACGUAACCGACUGAUCUGAAGAAAUUUGCGCACAAUGUGUGUUAGUGCCUAGAGGGACGUCCUAGAGGGACGCUGCUGCCCUCCGCAGCAGUCAUCCAUACACACAGUUGCGCCCGCUGCCGCUGGGGGAAUAACCGCUAAAACGGCAUUUGAAUCUCGGUGACCAAUGAUCUGUUAUUUUGUUAGUGAUGCUUACCAAUGCUUGAUGAAAGCACAAACAGCUUGAAACGUCCCCAGUAUUGUGCUGGGUUGUUAUUGCGUAUUCCUCCCUUCGUUUGUUACCGAAGUGUUGCACUAUGACGUAUUAGCUCACUGAGACACGGAAUAGCUCCUUAUCUCACUGAGCGGCUGUGUUAGCUCACUGACCAUUUGAACGUGUAGCUCACGGAGCUUAGUCUUUUAUGGUUUCUGGGAUUAGUGGGUCCCGUUCAGCUUGACCGGUAUCCAGUGAGAUAGCUAAUUGUGACGCAGUGUCUGGACCCUCUGCCGAAUGUGUGGCUCACCGCUGAUAUACAUGGCUCACUGCCGGGGUUUACAGCUCAAUGCUGACGUCUGUAGCUCACUGCUGACGGACCUAACUCUCUGUGCCGCGCGGUAUUGUUCACGGGGACACCAAUAAGUCUCACGACGCGGCGAUAAGCUGACGACUCGGUCUGACCUGCGACCGGCGCUCUGUAUCGGCGAGUCAGACAUUAAGCACGCGGUGUCGGCGGGUCUGUGAGUGCCUGUGGUCGCUGUCACCAUUUCUCUGCCUACCUCCCUCUCCGUCCAUUGCUGGUGACGGUCCGUCCGUCCGUCCGUCCGUAUUCCCCCUUCCGUCCCCCGUCGGCCGGCCGGUCCGCUGUGGCCUUCUUGUACCAGAUCUGAUCUGUGUGUGAGAGCGGUGUUGAAGUCUCGCUGGAGUCCGAGUCCGGUGAGGGCGCUGACAGCACUCUCGGUUCGCUGGGUCGGAUAGUGGGCCCGUGCGGGUUGUAGACCGCGGAAAUGUGUCGGACGAAGGCGAUGACUGAAGAUAUAGGAGAAUUGAGUCGCUUGAGGCGGUGAAUGGAGGGGCGAACUUAUACUGGUGCUGCAAUACAAUGUAUGUCUGGUGGAUGAUGGUGUGAGUUAUCCCAAAAAGCGAGGGUAGAGUGUCUUGUAAUUACUUAAUGCUGCAUUUAGUGAUAACUGCAUCAGAGGAACAUCCUACUUUGUUGUCAUAAAAUAAUGAUUGCAUUACGGAAACGCUUGUCCUACCUCCGACGUUUAUUUUGUGUAUUUCUAUUUCCUACAAAAUGUGAAAAUAGUUUGUCACAUGCAAGGACAUAUUCACUGUAUGUAUGUCGCAACACGUUUCCAUCAUCAAUGGCAAUGGCAAGCUC